AUACGCAAAUCGUUGAAGUGAUGACCAAACCGAAGUUUACCGAUAUUUCAGUAGCUCUCAGGAAUAAAAUUUAUCAUUUCUUAAAUAUUUAAAAUUAUUUUAAUUUGGACAUUGUACGUGGUGCUAUAAUUAUUUCUAUUUAAUAUUAUUUAGCCAUGUAUUUAUUUAAAUAACCCAAUAUACGCUACAGAAACUCACCCCUUCUUCAUUUUAAAAUAUAACCUUACUCUUCUUACUUAGAAUUAUACCAAUUUCGUAUUUAAAGUAUUGAAGAAAUGGAAUCAAACAUAAAAAAACUGAAAAACGAAAUUGAGGAAUUACAAAAGCAAAUGAAUGAAAAGAAAAUGCUGCUGCAGGAAUUACAACAGCAAAAAAGACAGGAAAAUAAUGAACUUUUUAGUGGUAUCUUCACUACAGAUGAAAUAGUAAGAUACAGUCGUCAAAUGAUAAUGCCAGAAGUAACUGUAACAGGACAAAAAUUAUUAAAGAACAGUAGAGUGCUUGUUGUUGGAAUGGGAGGUUUAGGUUGCCCUGCAGCUUUGUAUUUAGUAACUGCCGGUGUAGGAGAAAUUACAAUAGUUGAUUAUGACGAAGUAGAACUCUCCAAUCUUCAUCGACAAGUAUUACAUUCAGAAGACGACAUUAGUAGUCCAAAAGUUGCAUCAGCUUUUCAAAAACUAUCAAAAAUAAAUAGCAAUAUAAAAAUAAUUCCAAUACAAGAACAUAUUAACAGUGCAACAAUUGGAAAUCUGGUAAAAUCGAAUAAAUUCAAUGUAGUUGUGGAUGGAACUGAUAAUGUAGCUACAAGGUAUCUGUUAAAUGAUGUUUGUGUAUUAAAUAACAUUCCCUUGGUAUCCGGCAGUGCUCUUCAAAUGGAAGGGCAACUUACUGUGUAUCAUUAUGAAGGUGGACCAUGUUAUAGAUGUCUAUUUCCCUUACCACCACCCCCAUAUACUGUUACAAAUUGUGGAGAUGGUGGAGUUUUAGGACCAGUUCCUGGAAUUAUUGGGGUUUUAGAAGCAUUGGAAACAAUCAAAAUUAUUAUAGGUUCACCAGGAGUAUUAUCUAAAAAGUUUCUGAUAUUUGAUGGUUCAACUUCUACAUUUCGUAAUGUGCAACUGAGAAAUAGAAAUCCUAAUUGUGAUGUUUGUGGUGAUGCACCCACCAUUAGGGACCUGAUAGACUAUGAACAAUUCUGUGGAUCUAGUGCGCACGACAAGGUGAUUGAUAUAAACAUAUUGGAGAAAGAACAGGAAAUAGAUAUUAACAAAUUCUGUGAAAUGAAAGAUACAUCAAUUACUGUAGAUGUGAGACCUGAAUUGGAAUUUAAAAUGUGCAAUUUACAAAAUACUAUAAAUUAUCCUUACAAAGAUUUGUUAAAAGACGUUACAAAAUUUGAGAAUUGUUUAUUAAAAUCACAAAUUGCAUCUAAAAAUGUUUUGGUGCUAUGUCGAAGAGGAAAUGAUUCUCAAAGAGCUGUAUCUUUUAUAAAGGAUAACAUAAAAGAUUCAGGCUUCAAUUUUUAUAAUGUGAGAGGUGGAUUGCAAGCUUUUGCUAAACAUAUUGAUCCAACAUUUCCCAUUUAUUGACCCUAAUUUAUAUGUUUGUAACCAAUUGUAAUAUAUUUUGAUUAUUAAAUUCAAUUACUGUUAUUGCACCUUCUU